GGCAGCGGCGGCCGCAGAGACCUCGGGACUCACGCGCAAUGUGGCAAUGGAAGGCGCAGGGUCUGAGUCCCCGGCGGCGGCCGCGGCCGCAGCGCCCGCAGCGCCCGCCGUGUGAGCGGCAGCGGCGGCUCUGUCACCCGGAGCCGGAGAGCCCGGCGGCCAGCAGCGUCCUCGCCAGCCGAGCGCCCAGGCGCGCCCGGAGCCCGCGGCGGCGGCGGCAACAUGGCCUCGGCUGCUAACGCCGCCGGGGCCCUGGGUGGGCAGGCCGGCGGCGGGAGGCGCAGACUGACCGGGGGGCCGCGCCGCGCCGCGCCGGACCGGGACUAUCUGCACCGGCCCAGCUACUGCGACGCCGCCUUCGCUCUGGAGCAGAUUUCCAAGGGGAAGGCUACUGGCCGGAAAGCGCCGCUGUGGCUGAGAGCGAAGUUUCAGAGACUCUUAUUUAAACUGGGUUGUUACAUUCAAAAGAACUGCGGCAAGUUUUUGGUUGUGGGUCUCCUCAUAUUUGGGGCCUUCGCUGUGGGAUUAAAGGCAGCUAAUCUCGAGACCAACGUGGAGGAGCUGUGGGUGGAAGUUGGUGGACGAGUGAGUCGAGAAUUAAAUUAUACCCGCCAGAAGAUCGGAGAGGAGGCCAUGUUUAAUCCUCAACUCAUGAUACAGACUCCGAAAGAAGAAGGCGCUAACGUCCUGACCACAGAGGCGCUCCUGCAGCAUCUGGACUCGGCACUCCAGGCCAGCCGUGUGCACGUCUAUAUGUAUAACAGGCAAUGGAAGUUGGAACAUUUGUGCUACAAAUCAGGGGAACUUAUCACAGAAACAGGUUACAUGGAUCAGAUAAUAGAAUACCUUUACCCUUGCUUAAUCAUUACACCUUUGGACUGCUUCUGGGAAGGAGCAAAGUUACAGUCGGGGACAGCGUACCUCCUAGGUAAGCCUCCUUUACGGUGGACAAACUUUGACCCCUUGGAAUUCCUCGAAGAGUUAAAGAAAAUAAACUACCAAGUGGACAGCUGGGAGGAAAUGCUGAAUAAAGCUGAAGUUGGCCAUGGAUACAUGGACCGGCCCUGCCUUAAUCCAGCCGACCCAGAUUGCCCUGCCACAGCCCCCAACAAAAAUUCAACCAAACCUCUUGAUGUGGCCCUUGUUUUGAAUGGUGGAUGUCAAGGUUUAUCCAGGAAGUACAUGCAUUGGCAGGAGGAGUUGAUUGUGGGUGGCACAGUCAAGAAUGCCUCUGGAAAACUCGUCAGUGCUCACGCCCUGCAGACCAUGUUCCAGUUAAUGACACCCAAGCAAAUGUAUGAACACUUCAGGGGCUACGACUACGUCUCUCACAUCAACUGGAAUGAGGACAGGGCGGCAGCCAUCCUGGAGGCGUGGCAGAGGACUUAUGUGGAGGUGGUUCAUCAAAGCGUCGCCCCAAACUCCACUCAAAAGGUGCUUUCCUUCACCACCACGACCCUGGAUGACAUCCUAAAGUCCUUCUCUGAUGUCAGUGUCAUUCGAGUGGCCAGCGGCUACCUGCUGAUGCUUGCCUAUGCCUGUUUAACCAUGCUGCGCUGGGACUGCUCCAAGUCCCAGGGUGCUGUAGGGUUGGCUGGUGUCCUGUUGGUUGCACUGUCAGUGGCUGCAGGAUUGGGCCUCUGCUCCUUGAUCGGGAUUUCCUUUAAUGCUGCGACAACUCAGGUUUUGCCAUUUCUUGCUCUUGGUGUUGGUGUGGAUGACGUCUUCCUCCUGGCACAUGCGUUCAGUGAAACAGGACAGAAUAAAAGGAUUCCAUUUGAGGACAGGACCGGGGAGUGCCUCAAGCGCACAGGAGCCAGCGUGGCCCUCACCUCCAUCAGCAAUGUCACUGCCUUCUUCAUGGCUGCGUUAAUCCCUAUUCCUGCGCUGCGCGCCUUCUCCCUCCAGGCUGCUGUGGUUGUGGUAUUCAAUUUUGCCAUGGUGCUGCUCAUUUUCCCUGCAAUUCUCAGCAUGGAUUUAUACAGACGUGAGGACAGAAGAUUGGACAUUUUCUGCUGUUUCACAAGCCCCUGUGUCAGCAGGGUGAUUCAGGUCGAGCCACAGGCCUACACAGAGCCUCACAGUAACACCCGUUACAGCCCCCCACCCCCCUACAGCAGUCAUAGCUUUGCCCACGAAACACACAUCACCAUGCAGUCCACUGUCCAGCUUCGCACAGAGUACGACCCUCACACACACGUGUACUACACCACUGCUGAGCCGCGCUCUGAGAUCUCUGUCCAGCCGGUCACCGUCACCCAGGACACUCUCAGCUGCCAGAGCCCUGAGAGCACCAGCUCCACCCGGGACCUGCUUUCCCAGUUCUCGGACUCCAGCCUCCACUGCCUUGAGCCUCCCUGCACCAAGUGGACACUCUCCUCAUUUGCUGAGAAGCAUUAUGCGCCUUUCCUCUUGAGACCCAAAGCCAAGGCUGUGGUAAUCCUCCUUUUCCUGGUCUUGCUGGGGGUCAGCCUUUACGGGACCACCCGAGUGAGAGACGGGCUGGACCUCACGGACAUUGUCCCCCGGGAAACCAGAGAAUAUGACUUCAUAGCUGCACAGUUCAAAUAUUUUUCUUUCUACAAUAUGUAUAUAGUCACCCAGAAAGCAGACUACCCAAAUAUCCAACACCUACUUUACGACCUUCAUAAGAGUUUCAGCAAUGUGAAGUAUGUCAUGCUGGAGGAGAACAAGCAACUUCCCCAAAUGUGGCUGCACUACUUCAGAGACUGGCUCCAAGGGCUUCAGGAUGCAUUUGACAGUGACUGGGAAACUGGGAGGAUCAUGCCAAACAAUUACAAAAAUGGAUCGGAUGACGGGGUCCUUGCCUACAAACUCCUGGUACAGACUGGCAGCCGAGACAAGCCCAUCGACAUUAGUCAGUUGACUAAACAGCGUCUGGUGGAUGCAGAUGGCAUCAUUAAUCCCAGCGCUUUCUACAUCUACCUGACGGCUUGGGUCAGCAACGACCCCGUAGCUUACGCUGCCUCCCAGGCCAACAUCCGGCCUCACCGACCAGAGUGGGUCCACGACAAAGCCGACUACAUGCCAGAGACCAGACUGAGAAUACCAGCAGCAGAGCCCAUCGAAUACGCUCAGUUCCCUUUCUACCUCAACGGCCUACGAGACACCUCAGACUUUGUGGAAGCCAUUGAAAAAGUGAGAAUCAUCUGUAACAACUACACAAGCCUGGGACUGGCCAGCUACCCCAAUGGCUACCCCUUCCUGUUCUGGGAGCAGUACAUCAGUCUGCGCCACUGGCUGCUGCUAGCCAUCAGCGUGGUACUGGCCUGCACGUUUCUGGUGUGCGCAGUCUUCCUGCUGAACCCCUGGACGGCUGGGAUCAUUGUCAUGGUCCUGGCUCUGAUGACCAUUGAGCUCUUCGGCAUGAUGGGCCUCAUUGGGAUCAAGCUGAGCGCUGUGCCUGUGGUCAUCCUGAUUGCAUCCGUCGGCAUUGGAGUAGAGUUCACCGUUCACGUGGCCUUGGCCUUUCUGACAGCCAUUGGUGACAAGAACCACAGGGCUAUGCUUGCCCUGGAGCACAUGUUUGCUCCUGUUCUGGACGGCGCUGUGUCCACUCUCCUGGGGGUACUGAUGCUUGCAGGGUCCGAAUUUGACUUCAUUGUCAGAUACUUCUUUGCUGUCCUGGCUAUUCUCACCGUCCUGGGGGUUCUCAAUGGACUGGUUUUGCUGCCCGUACUCUUGUCCUUCUUUGGACCAUGUCCUGAGGUGUCUCCAGCCAAUGGCCUAAACCGGCUGCCCACCCCUUCACCUGAGCCGCCCCCGAGUGUCGUCAGGUUUGCGGUGCCUCCCGGUCACAUGAACAAUGGGUCUGAUUCCUCCGACUCCGAGUACAGCUCUCAGACCACGGUGUCUGGAAUUAGUGAAGAGCUCAGGCACUACGAAGCACAGCGGGGUUCUGGAGGUCCUGCCCACCAAGUGAUUGUGGAAGCCACAGAAAACCCCGUCUUCGCCCGGUCCACUGUGGUCCAUCCAGAAUCCAGACAUCGUCCUCCCUUGAAUCCUCGGCAGCCCCACCUGGACUCUGACUCCUUGUCCUCUGGACGGCAAGGCCAGCAGCCUCGAAGGGAGCCCCCCAGAGAAGGCUUGCGGCCACCUCCCUACAGACCGCGCAGAGACGCUUUUGAAAUUUCUACUGAAGGGCAUUCCGGCCCUAGCAAUAGGGACCGCUCAGGCCCCCGUGGGGCCCGUUCCCACAACCCUCGGAACCCAACGUCCACCGCCACAGGCAGCUCUGUGCCCAGCUACUGCCAGCCCAUCACCACUGUGACAGCUUCUGCUUCUGUGACUGUCGCUGUGCACCCUCCACCUGGGCCUGGGCGCAACCCCCGAGGGGGGCCCUGUCCAGGUUAUGAGACUGACCACGGGGUGUUCGAGGACCCCCAUGUGCCUUUCCAUGUCAGGUGUGAGAGGAGGGGCUCGAAGGUGGAGGUCAUAGAGCUGCAGGACGUGGAAUGUGAGGAGAGGCCGUGGGGGAACAGCUCCGACUGAGGCAUGUGCUGUGGGUGCACUGGUGAUGCUUCCCAAACCCCGGACCCUGGGGACCCUUAUCCCCAAGGCAAGGCUGCUGAGGCCAAACUCUGUCCUCUGUAGACUAACAACACAGUUCCAAAUUGGGUUGCUUCUCUUUCCCUGUAAAUCCCUUGAGUGCAGUUUAUCAGCUUUACCUUGUACCUGUUUGCUGAGCGCUCAUAGAGCAGAAUUCUAACAAGCAUGCAGAUGACCUUGCAAGGUGAAGGUACAUGACGUGGAUUUAGCACCAUAGUCAGUCCAUUGUAGAGGUGCUUAGCUCAGUGUGGUCAUGACCAUAAUAUGACCUCUUUUUUUUUUUUUUUUUUUUUUGUUUUUUUUUGUUUUUUUUGUUUUGUUUUGUUUUGUUUUGUUUUCUUUUAAAGGGUAAUUAAAAUCUGAAGCAAAGAGGCCAAAGAUUGGAAAGCCCCCCCCCCCUUUCCAGAACUGACUGCUUGAAGAGAACUGCUUGGAAUUGUGGGAAAGCAGUUCAUUGUUACUGUAACUGAUUGUAUUAUUUUGUGAAAUAUUUCUAUAAAUAUUUAAGAGGUGUACACAUGUAAUAUACAUGGAAAUGCUGUACAGUCUAUUGCCCAGGGCCUCUCCACUCCUGCCCCAGAGUCGGGAGACCCCGGGGGUCCUUCCCUCUGUGUGCAUUGGUCUCUGUGCUGCCACCAAGCUUAACUUAGUCUUUAAACUCUCCCAGCAUACGUCGCUGCUGCUUAUAUAUUGUAUAAUUUACCUGUAUAAUUCUAUGCAAAUAUUGCUGUGUAAUAGGAUUAUUUGUAAAGUUUUCUGUUGAAGAUAUUUUAAAUUUGCAUAUCACAACCCUGUGGUAGGAUGAAAUGUUACGUUAACUUUCAAACACGCUAUGCGUGGUAAUUGUUUUAAGAGCAGACAUGAAGAAAACAGGCUGAUCCCAGUGGCUUCUCUAGGGCUAGUUUUGUGCGGUCCUCGUGGGCAUGUGUGUGGACAUGGGACUUUCCAAUGUACUGUACUGUGAUUAUUUUGUUGUUCUUUUGGCUUGUUUGUUUCUCUUUGCUUUGUGUGACCUUAGCCCCUGCCUCCUGAGCUGGGAAAGGCCAGGUCUCUCUCCAUUGUGAUGCUGUGGGAGGGUGCCCAGUCAUCUGUCUUAAUCUCGUCUCUGGGAGUAUCCAAGAGGAGCCAGACUUGCUUCAUGCCUGUGGCAGCCCUGAGGUCAUGAGUGGCCAGCCCUCCCGGCCCCUCUCUGUACUUCCGAGAGUAUGCUCUCACAGAUCAUAGUGUUGGCCGAUAGUUACCAGUUAUACCACAUGGCCUGGUGGUGAGUCUCAGCUGGGUCAGGAGAUUGCACUUCAGGGAAGUGUGGUUGUACCUUUCUUGAUGGUCGACACAUGCACACAGCCUCCUAUUCCAUAUCCCAGAUACAGGCAUUAAAAAUAAAUACAUAUAUAUUUCAGUCAAGGGCUGUAUUCAAGUUUUUACAACUGUGAGUCCCUCUCUUGAAAAAUUGACUGCCUGGCUGGGGCAUGCUAACAGUGUUGUGGUGAGCUAAGUGGGGAUGAGCUUCCAGGGACUCUUCUGCAUGCUCCUGUCCUGUGUGUCCUUCCUCCCCUUCUCCACUGUUAGCAUUCAUCCAGUGGGAUGUCUAUGGAGGAGCAGGAAGAGGCCACCCCAUAGAAGUGUAUAGAGAAAGCUCUUUGAACCUGGUGUUGGAUUGCAAAGUUUGAUCCUGUUCUCCUUCCGUGAGAACCGUGAGAACCAAAACCUUCCGUGAGGUUUUGGCCUCUUUGCCUCUGGCCAGAGACUAGUAAAUAGGGAAGCAAUGUCCUUGUCCUUCCCCAGUAAGCCCUGAGAAAUUAUCUCAGAAGAAGGGAGCUAGUGCCCAUGGAAGCUGACGAGCACUCUCUGCGUGCAGAUUCCCUGAAUCCCUCCUGUCUUUCAUGGAACAAUUUAAGGCGAUGGGCCCCUCAUAGUACCAGCAGUCUAGUGACCUCAGACCCGAAAACUAAUCCCCCAAACUGUAAGGUACUAACUAGAAGCCACCCAUGGCUACCAAGUGUGUGUCUGUGUCUGUGUCUCUGUGUGUGUGAAAGUAUGCUGGAGGCCCUGGCUGCCCACUGCUACUGUCUAAAUGCCUGUCAAGCCACUGUCUGCCCGCCAACACCAGCUCUGCUCAGACAGCUUGAACGCUGAGUUGAGGAGAGAGAUAGAGAAUUCUGAAGGCACUUCCCUGUGGUUCUUGGUUGUGUCCCUGACCCCUGAGCCUCGCUUUUGUGGCAAAAGGAAGUUCAUACAGCCCCUUGGCUUCUGUGCAUGAUGAAUUACAUCAGCCAAGGCAGGAAGGACACAGAGCUGGCAGGAGACUACAGUCUCAGAGUGAGAGAGAGAGAGUGUGUGUGUGUCUCAUAGUUUAUUUUGUCUGUAUUGUUUGUUCAUUUGGAUGUUUUAAUUUUUAAAAGAGAAGAUCUUUGCUGAUAUUUAUAAUUUUGUAUCAUAAGAAUGUCCUCCAGAAUUUGUCAUGCCAGUUUAUAACAACAACAAAAGAAAAAAUGCAGGGAUUUUAUUUCUGUUGGAAACACUAUUGCAGUUAUGUUUUACUUUUGAACAGAAGUUUUAUUUGUAUAGAGUGCUUACUAAUGUUAAAUAGUUCAGAGUAUAUAACAUUUCCAUUAAGGACUCAUGGUAGAUUUUAGUGUAAGGAGUUUAAAGGAAAUAAAUAUUCAAACUGGGUCUUGUCUGCCAAUUUGGGUGGAAAUGAGUUUGUGUCAUUUCAAUUACAAAGAUGAAAGUAUGCCAUAUAAUUUAUUUAUAUGAAAAUUUAUUUUUGUAGUGUACAUAGUAGUCAUCAAGUCUUUUGACAGAAGUAUAUUUUUAAAGAAUUUAUAUGUGAUAAAAUCCAUAAUGUCUGGAACUUUGCUGAGACAUGAGUGUGAGGACACAUUUCGUUGUAAAUGACAGCAAGGAAGAGACUAUGUUUAACAGUGUUAAGAGAGUGUACAAGUGAGCAGCUGUUCCUGUGAUUGGGAAGUGUUGGUGUGAGCAUUGUGACCUGGUGCAGUUCUCAGAUGAAAAUGUACAAAACUCUCUAAAUAUUAAUGUUCAAACACUGAUAGAAAUUCUAACAUGAAUAAAGAUAAUAUAACUUGUUGGUUUA